UCUCACCAUGAACAUCAUCCUGAUGAUUCGAGUGUGUAAGAUGUUCCGCCAAGGCCUCCGGGGAUUCCGAGAGUAUCAGAUCAUCGAGCCGGUUCACAGGAAGCGUCCUACCUUCUCGUUUUGGGAUAAGAAGAAGCAAGUUCGCAUCACAUUUAAUACCCUGGAAUUCACUGCAGAGGAGAAGCCAUCCUGGAGGACAGAACAGGAGAUCCAAGCCCUCUGCAACGUUCUUCAGGUUCUAGAUUGCUACCGCAACUACGCACAGUCCCUGCAGCUGCUCCUGGCCAAGGUCAUGCGCUUUGAAAGGUUUGGCCGGAGGCGCGUGAUCGUGAAGAAGGGGCAGAGGGGCAACAGCUUUUACUUCAUCUAUCUGGGCACGGUCGCCGUGACUGAGGAUGAAGAUGGGAGCAGUGCCUUCCUGGACCCUCAUCCGACGCUGCUGCACAAGGGUGGCUGUUUCGGGGAAAUGGGCCUUUUGAGUACAACAGUAAGGAGGGCCACCGUGGUCUGCAUGGAGGAAACAGAGUUCCUGGUUGUAGACCGGGAGGAUUUCCUUGCAAAUAAACUGGAUGAUGAAAUUCAGAAGGAAAAUCAUUAUCGGUACAACUUUUUUAGGAAGUUGGAUCUGUUCCAGUCUUGGUCUGAUGACAAACUCUGGAAGCUGGUGGCCUUGGGGAGGCUAGAGAGGUUCUCCUAUGGACAGUUGGUGUCAAAAGACUUUGUGGAUUCGUCGUUUAUCACAUUUAUCUGUCAGGGCAACUGUGAAAUCCUGCGGCUCUUGGACCUUCAGACCUCGUGUACCUACUACAAGUGGAUUUGGGAGCAGCUGGAGCUGUUGGACCACAAACCUCUGAGAGUUCACCUCAAUGAAAUGUCUCCUAAGGAGAGAUUUAAGGAAUUCCAGAUCAAAUCAUAUCCACUACAAGACUUCAGCUAUUUGAAACUUAUCCGUCUCCAGAAAGCCAGAGAGCAACAGGGGAAAACCUUCCACGAGACUAUCAGCACCUCAGAAACCAGUCUCCCAAAGCUGCUGGGCCCAAAGGUCAAAUCUAAGUAUGGUCGUUCAGUCAAAUGUUCCAUGGUCAACACCAAAUUUGGUGAGCUCCCCAAGGAUGCCGUGGUGGGGGUCUACAUGAAGGUCCACUCCGUGCAGGAGGAAGAUAUUGUGGGCCUUCACCAGGCCUUUCUCCCAGAAAUCCAGCGUGAUCUUCGGCCCUUCGUCCUUUUGAGCUUGGGAACAGAGUUGAUACGGGUGAGAAAAGAAAAAUUUUAUGAGUUGGUUGAUGAGGAGACGAAAGAAAAGAUAAUAAAGAUGGACGUGGAUUUUCCCAGCGAUGAGGAGCUGUGCCAGCGGUUCCUGAGCGAGAACAGUUGGAAUGUCUUCCGGAAGGAUCUGCUGGAGUUGCUGGUGGAGCCCCUCAACAAGCAACCUCUCAUCCCGGACCAGGCCAGGAAGAAAGAGAUCUACAGCCCUAAGUCCUUGAGCUUAGAUUUAUGUAACCUCAAAAAGAGGGGGAAAUCGCGCUACCCUGUGUUCCUGGCGCCCCAGAAAUACCUUCCCCCCUUGAGGAUCGUCCAAACUAUCUCAGCACCCCGACACAGACUGCAAGAGCUCCUGCCACAGUAUAAAAACGCGGGGGUCCUUGUUUAGAAGCAAUAAAGUACA